CGCGUCGCGUCCACAACCCUCAUCUCUUCUAUCGUGGUAUGUACGUGUGACAAACGAAUUUGCUGAAUUGCAUCUAUAGUAUACAGGUACUAGUGCAUGGUAUACGACCCUGCCCGGCCCAGUAGGCGUCGCACAGCAUGUAAGUUGUGACCCUCAUCACCAGAACGUUACAUCGACCCGCACUCACGGACCCUGUCUCAUGUACGACGUGCGUAGGAGUAUUAUCUGUAUACCAGUCAGACGGAGUGUACAUACUCCUACAUGGUGUACGCGAUAUAGAAUGACUAUAAUCGGCCGAUGCCUACGAUUCCUGAGUCUCUCUCGGUUCCCGCGGAUCACAAACGACGACUCGUACCUGCUGGGAAAAUUGGAAAGUCGUCAUGGACUAAAUCCCAACACCCGGCGUGCAAGAGAAACUUGUACACUUCUGUCUUCUGUGCCGUCCCGAUCCGAGUCGCAGCAGUCGAAUGCCCGUUCGCGACGCGCUCGACAAUUUAGGACGCUGCGCCCAUCCAUUGAACCUCAUACGUGCUUACAUCCCUUAGCACUGUGCGUCCAACAUCGGACCAAGCUACCCAUAUAUGAAAAUACCAGUGGUACCGUGGCUUUCAAGGAUCCCUGGCAGAUAGGCACACCGCACGCGCGACUAUCAGAGCAUCUCAACCACUGUCAUUCUGCCUCUUCCCGUAUCUGCCGGACUAUCGGACGUGGACACAUUCCGAAGAACCGAACUAGAACCGACGAGAUUCCCUCGACCGUCUCUUUCGAAAAAAAUAGGAGUCCAUAUUCAUACAUCCCCAGAGAAAAGACCCGCCGUCAAUCGCAGUGGGUGAAUGACCACCAAACGAUCGAGUUGUCUUUGAAACGCCCGUUGCGUAUCCUGUGAAAAGCAACAAAUACACAUCGGGGAUCCUGUAUGGAAUCGCGGUGAGUUUAAAGGUGGUGCCCGGCGAACGGGGUUACCGGACCACUCGGAGCAAAGUGGCCAGUCAUGGCUUUCAGCGGGGCAGUCUACGGACGAUACAACCGUCUCGGCCGAAGAAACAUGCUGGCAAUA